AUGGCACCGCCAAGGAAGAACCAGAACCACGACGACAAGUCAGACACUCCCCAUGAGGAGGGGGGAGGAGGAGGAGGGAAAGGAGGAAAGAAGAAUGGCCAUACCGGAGGCACCAAGAUGCGGCGAGGCGGAAGUUCCACGGGCUCGAGCCUACGUGAGGUGACCAACGCCGCCGCCGUUCUUACUUCGCAUCCUGCGACGACGACAACAACAACAAAAGAGUCGGAGGCAAGCAACCCAGGUCUCCAAUGGCCCGCCUUCGAGAGAGACGUCCUCCACGCCUACCGACGGGCCUACCGCCUCCAGACCCCGACCGCAUACGCGAACCCCGUCCACCAAUGGGUCCUCACCCAGCCCGGCAGCGUCGGUCUAUACUCGCCCACGAUUGCGCGACGCAAGGAAUACCGGAGGCAAAGCAAGGACCAGUUGACCAGCACGGUGCGCAAGCACUUCAACGGCCUCGGCGUCCAGGAGAACGACAUCAUUGUCGACUUUUUGCACAAGAUUCGCACCUCCCAAGGCGUGCCCAAGAAGAAGGUUAUCAAGCCGAGGGAAUACAUCACCUUGCCUCCGGAGGAAUGA